AUGCACGGGUCAUCCCGAACAAGGCCCGGCAAGGUCGUCGACGAGGCCAAACCAGGCGUCAAGGCCACCAGGCGGCAAGACGCGCUCGAGCUUCUGGCCUCGGCUGCUGGCUCCUCGGCGGAGAGGGCGGCGGCCGGAGAGUGGCGUGACAUGAGCCUGGACAAGAUGGUCAAGUGCUGGGACCUCGAGACCAACAAAGUCAUCCGCCACUACCACGGCCACCUGAGCGGCGUCUACACCCUCUCCCUCCACCCUACUCUCGACGUUCUCGUCACCGGCGGCCGAGACGGCGUUGCCAGGGUCUGGGACAUGCGGACGAGGAGCAACAUCCACGUCCUGUCCGGCCACACCCAGACCGUCGCCGACGUCAAGUGUCAAGAGGCAGAUCCGCAGGUCAUCACCGGCCCCUCGACUCCACCGUUGUGCUACCUUGCCGCGGGCAAGGCAAUGUGGCACAACGCGAUCAUCAACACGAGGGGCGUCACCAAAAACACCUUCUUCUUCUCGGGAGGUGACAACGGAUCGAUGAUGACAUCAGACUCGACCUUUGACCGCUCAGGACCGUCUUAUCUGCGGCGAGGCCGACAAGACCAUCAAGAUAUGGAAGCAGGAUGA